UUCGUAGCUCAUUCCAUUCAUUCGUCUGGGUCAAACGCACACGUCCCUUUCAGUUCCCUCCUUCGUGCCCCUCAUAAAAAGAUUUUCUUUUUGAUCGCAUUCGCAACCGCCCCCGGCGACGACGGCGUCUACAGUUGUACAGUACUGCCGCCGUAUAUCUAUCCACAUCUACCUGCACCGCUGCACGCAGAACUUCAACGCCGCCUCGCCCCGCCCUCGCCCUCGCCAUCACCAUCCACAGACGCGCGCGGGCGAGCUAGGGGCCGGGGGCUCUCUUUGCCUCUUCGGUGCAUGGCGGGGCUGCAGCGGUCCAGCGAGACGUUCCGGCGGUCGGGCUCGUCGGGGCUGGUGUGGGACGACAAGAACAUCUCGGGGGAGAUCAAGCCGGCGGCGGAGGACGACGGCGGCGCGGCGCGGGCGGUGGAGCGCAGCCGCUCGGCUGGGCACGCGCACGCCGGGUACAGGACCACAGGGCGCGUGCCGCCCGCGCUCGACCCGCCGUCGCCGCGCGUCGCCGUCUGCGGCUUCUGCAGGCUCUUCGGCGGCGGCGGCGGCAAAGGCAAGGGCAGGGACGGCGGCAGCACCAAAGCCAAGGGGAGGCGCCACUGAUCUUUGUGCGUACGUGCCUCGGUACCAUCGGCGAUCGGAACACGGUCCGAAAUUUGGUAGCUUUCUUCUGUUAGUUUUUCCCCCUCCAUCCUCCUCUUUGUGAUCAUGUAUGUAUGUGUCUCAUGUCCUGGGUGCAAUUCAUACUACUGGUAGCAGACAGAAUUACAUUUGAGAUGAUUGUGUAAGAGUACAACUGCACAAGUGAAUCGAGGUGUCAGGCUGUCCGUGCCAACUCCCAUGAAUUUGAUCGUGCUUUGCGGUUUC